AAAAAUAAAAAUGGAAGUCGAGUCCCCGAAUAACUAUAGGUCAGAUUCUCUGGGUGCUUCCAGAUAUUUCUCGUUUUAUGCGAUAUAUUUUUUGCUCUCUCUCAUGUGUAUUUUCUCAUUGUCUCGAAUUCUCGCAACUUGUCUAGAUAAUUACACAUUUUCCCUUUCAAUCUGCACUAUAAAUUCUUCCAUCUGUCCCUGGUGGCAAUUCAGAGCAAGAUCCAGCAAGCAAUCUUUGUUACAGCCUUCAAACAAAUCAAGUUUUCCAGCUAUUAAAUUUAUACUUAUUUUCUAAACUUCUUGCUAAACAAGAUCGCAAAAUGUCGCUGAUUCCAAGUGUUUUCGGUCGCCGAAGCAGUGUUUUUGAUCCAUUCUCUCUCGAUCUUUGGGACCCUUUUCAGGAUUGGUCCUUAAAUUCAGCCCUCUCCGCCUUAGCUCUUUCAGACCUCUCUAAGGAGACGUCUCAAUUCGCGGCGACCAAGAUUGACUGGAAGGAGACGCCGGAAGGCCACGUCUUCAAGGCUGAUCUUCCUGGACUGAAGAAGGAGGAAGUGAAGGUCGAAGUUGAGGAAGGGAACAUUCUGCAGAUUAGCGGAGAGAGGAGCAGGGAGAAGGAGGAGAAGAAUGAUACCUGGCACCGCAUGGAGAGGAGCUCUGGAAAAUUCCUCCGCCGGUUCAGGCUACCGGAGAAUGUGAAGAUGGAUCAGAUCAAAGCCAGUAUGGAGAAUGGGGUGCUGACUGUCACUGUUCCCAAGGAAGAGGUGAAGAAACGUGAAGUCAAGGCCAUUGAUAUUUCUGGCUGAAAGUGUUUGUAUAGUUUUAGGAUGCAUCUGAACCUGGGUUAAUGUUUCUUGCCGUGUCUGUUUUACUGUGUGGUUUUCAAAGUGUAUUGAUGAAGUUGAUCAAUCCGAAAUAAAAUGUAAAUUUGUUUGAU